GAAAUAAGAAAAAAAGAAUGUUCUUUAAUAAAGUUGAAUUAAUUUUUGUCAUUAUUUUUUUGACUUUUCUUUUUUACAAUGAAAUAAAUGGAUGUAUAUAUAAAUAUAAUUAUCCAACUUACACUCAUAAAUGCGAUCCUACAAGAAAUGCAUAUGAUUGUUGUGCAGGCUUAAAAUGCACUGCAGCCACUGGUUGGAAGUGUCUUUAA